AUGGCCACGUGUGAAGUUUGUGGAGAUGGUUUCGCAGACGAUGCGGAAAAACACUUGUGCUCCCCGAGCCGAGACUCUUGCUCGCACGUGUGCCACGCGGAUUGCUUGCAGCAAUACCGAUUAAAGCAGGGCUGCCCUAUGCAUGACUGCCCAUUCUGUCUUCAGAAUGAAGAUUCCCAGGAAGAGGCUGAUGAUGCCGCUUUGCAAGAGAUGGAGAUUGAGGCAGCAAUGGAAGCAGAGGCUGUGGCUGAGGGGGUAAAAAGAAAGACCAGAGGACAACGCAGCCCAGUGCCGCCCACCCAAAGGUCCCCAAGCCCAGAAAGCCCUCCCUUCACACAGGGUGGAAGUGAAGCAGCCCGCUUGUCCAUUCCAAGCUUUGGGAUUGACAUCUACGACCUGAGUCGGACCAGCAAGGCAUCUACCACGGUGAAGGAUCCUAUGCACGACGCCAUGUCGGAGUACUUGGCUUGCAGGGAUGAAGCACAAAGCCUUUCGUUGCUUCACACCAAGAGCACAUAUCAAGGGCUUGGAAGCCCAGAGGCUUCUUAUCAAACCGUUCUGAAUGCAGCCUUGAAAGACCCCAGGGACCACCACGCUGUGGCAUCAGACUUUGCCUUCAGAACUCGAGAAGUGCUGCCCGUGCCUUUCGAAGUCAGCUUGAAAACCAUUGCCCGCAAGGAAGGUUGGGAGCCUGAGACAUUCAUGGCACGCGGCUUCGAUUGCAGCCUGAUGAGGAGCACCGACGUGGCGCCACAUGCACGGAUGCCACCAUCAAGGGUAUUCGUGCUUCUAUCAAAGAAUAUGCCCGAGCUGGCAUCAUUUCGGAUGAGAUUGCCACAACAAUAUGUCGUGACAUCCGGGAGGGAGACCCGACACUCAGGUCUGCAUUACGGCAACAAAGAAAAGAUGUGCACUUGGCUGAACUGCGAAGAUGACAAGACAGUCACUGGAGAUGGUGCCACGGCGCUGACUCAUUACACCCAAGUGUAUGGACUGGUGUCGCUUUGUGAGUAUGUGCUCCAGCCGACUGCAAGCAUGUUUUCCAAGAGAAUCCAUGCGACGUGGCAAACAAGGCCAGUGACAAGUGACCCUGAUCAGCAGAGCCAGUCCAGCAAAGAGUUCCUGAUUGACUUCUUUGGUUGGAUGGGGCGCGUGGCAAGCAACCAGGACAAAGACCACUAUUUUGACAAGUUCGCCUUGCCCGUGCUCAGGAAGGCUUUGCAGGGAAUCUCCGACUUCUUUCACGAGAAUCACGAGAAUGUAGAAGAACCAAUCUAA